AUGGAUGUAGAACCAAGUACCAGCCAGAGAAAAACCGAGACAAAAUGCAACACGAAAAGCCAGCGUUUGAUAGCCGAGAGUGGCGGCCGUUGUAUGAGCACCCAAGCCAUGCAAUCGCUCAACGAUUUCCGACAGAAUAAUCUGCUUUGCGACGCGGUCUUACGACUGGAGGACGGCGGUGUCUUUCCAAUUCACCGGGCCAUACUUUCAGCGUGCAGUACAUAUUUCAGAACUCUGUUCACGACGACGUUGCACUCCCGUGAGAAAACCGACGUGCUGCUGCCAGGCGUGAAGAGCCCGAUGAUGACUCUCCUGCUGGAGUAUGCGUACCUGCGAUCGAUCGACAUAAAUCGCGAGAACGUGUGCGAAUUGUUGACCACGGCGGAUUACCUGAGCAUUCUGGGCGUGCGCGAUCUGUGCUGCGACUAUCUGCGCGACAAUCUGGCGCCGGAAAAUUGCAUCGGCAUGAAGAGAUUCGCCCGUCAACACUUCUGCAAGAAGCUGGAGACCGACGCUUAUCGCUUCAUCGUGGAACAUUUCGUCGAGGUAUCCCAGAGAAGCGAAGAAAUCUUGCAUUUGCCCAUCGAAGAGUUGCGAUCGUUGGUCGGCGCGGACGAAUUGAACGUGAAGAGCGAGCAGACAGUCUGGGAGCUGGUGCUGAGGUGGAUCAACUACGACCCGGAGUCCAGGAAGGAUCACAUAGUCGACCUGAUGCGGAACAUCAGGCUCGGCCUCUUGGACACGCAGUUCUUCUUGGAGAACGUCAAGGAUCAUCCGUACGUCGUGGGCAACGACGCGUGCAGACCCAUCAUUAUCGAGACUCUCAAAUUUCUUUAUGAUCUGGAGAUGAUCACGCAGAAAGACGGCGAGGUGCCGACGCCGGAGAUCGCGCGACCUCGAGUCCCGCACGAGAUCCUCUUCGCCAUCGGCGGCUGGUAUGGCGGAGGGCCGACGAAUUACAUCGAGACGUACGACACCAGGGCGGAUCGAUGGAUUCCGAUCGAGGAAACGGACCCGGCCGGGCCGCGAGCUUACCACGGACUCGCGGUGGUUGGCUUCGAUAUCUACAUGAUCGGCGGCUUCGACGGGGUCGAUUACUUCAACAGCUGCCGUUGUUUCAACGCGGUGACCAAGGUGUGGCGAGAGGUUGCUCCUAUGAACGCCAGAAGAUGUUAUGUUAGCGUGGCGAUCUUGAACGACCUCGUUUACGCGAUGGGAGGAUAUGACGGAUACAAUCGGCAAAAUACGGUGGAGCGUUACAACUACAAGACAAAUCAGUGGUCCCUCAUUGCGUCGAUGAACGUACGGAGAUCCGACGCCAGCGCGACUACUUUGAACGACAAAAUAUAUAUCACGGGUGGCUUUGACGGGCAUGACUGCAUGAAUACGGCCGAGGUGUACGAUCCAAAUACCAAUCAGUGGACGAUGAUAACCGCAAUGAGGUAUCGCAGGAGCGGUGUGUCGUGCAUAUCUUAUCACGGCUGCGUUUAUGUUAUCGGAGGCUUUAACGGAAUAUCGAGAAUGUGCAGCGGGGAGAAAUAUAAACCCUCCACGAACAGCUGGAGUCACAUCCCCGAUAUGUACAAUCCGCGCAGUAACUUCGCCAUAGAGGUCAUCGACGACAUGAUCUUCGCCAUCGGCGGCUUCAACGGUGUGACCACAACGUAUCAAGUGGAAUGUUACGAUGAGAAAACCAACGAGUGGUAUGAGGCGACGGACAUGAAUAUGUGCAGGUCGGCAUUGUCGGCCUGCGUGAUCAUGGGUCUGCCGAACGUGCACGAUUACAUACACAAGCAUCGCGAGCGGCUGAUGGAGGAGAAGCGGCAGAAGUUGCUGGCUCACGAGGUGCGUCGGAGUCCGCAGCAACAGCAGCAGCCACGACAGCAGCAACAGGAGCGGACGCGAACGAAUUUGCAGCUCAGCCCAAUCGUGCCGACACCGCCGCCUCUACCGCGAACAAACGUGAACGAUAAUAACAAUAAUCGCCGGCUUUAAAUGCGUGGGCUCGUCGUCGCUUUAAAUCAGCAGUGUCAGAUCUGCGCCCGUCUAACCGGCUCCAUGCAAAUUUAAGGAUUAUCGUCUGGCGUCGACACGGAAUGACGAUCCGAAGAAGCGGAGGAAAAACUUUACGACCAGCCGCAAAAUGUCACCGACGGCUGCUCGCACGCCGUCCGCCUCACCGGCCAUAUGUCAAUUUCCUAUACGUUCUUUUAAAUGCAUGUAACGUUUUGUAAUCGUGUUACAUACGUUUAAGAAACGAUGAUGAAGCUAACCGCGCUACCCGGGUGAUUCCUCUCGUCUACUCGCGAGAGGAGGAUACACUUUCAGACUGCUAUUUACUCAGCUUUCUUAAGUCAAAUCGUUUUCUCUUUGAUACUGCGGAUGUUUUUAUUGGAUUUUUGCGAUGUUAUUUUACACGUGCUCUAUAUCACGUGACUCUUCGACUGAUCCGACGUUAAACGAAGAUAAGCGAUAUUUUCGUCGCGAGUAGAACCCUGGUACAACGGUGGGACAAGGCUGGGCGUAAAAUUACAUCCAGAACGCCAGCUCAGAUUGGAGCAGCUGCGCAUGCAAUGCGCAUAUCGUGCGAAAUGUAACGAAAACAGAUGAUAAAUGCGAGGGCGAGGAAUGCGGCAAACAGAAGCGAAAUCUCGCGAGAUAAUUUCGUGGUAAACACCGAGAA